AUGGCUUUCCUCAAUCCUUUUUCCUUUACGCCCGGCCCUGUCAUCUUCUUCACCACCGUCACGUACAUAGCGCUCUUUGCCGCCUUGCUUACUGUGCAUCUAAGAGUGCCCAAUUCCCCGUCCAACCCACCCGCGGGCACAAAUCUCACCCAGGCUUGGGACGACCUAGAACACAUUACACGUCGUUUUCAUCCAUACAACAGCCAUGCCAAUGAUGACGUCCGCAGCUACCUUUUAUCACGCAUCAAGCACAUUGUCGCGUCCAAGGAGCUCUCAAAAGAUCAGGUCCAGGUCAUAGACGACACGGUUGCCAAUGCUACUUUUUCAUCUGGGCCCACCUCUGUUUACUUCGAGGGCACCAACAUCAUUGUCACCAUCCGCGGGUCCGACGACGACCAGCCAUUCGGGGAGUACGGCGGUCCACUACCAGCGGAACGCAGACCUGACAAUGGCGGCGUGCUUGUCAAUGCCCACUACGACUCGGUCAGCACUGGAUAUGGCGCAACAGAUGACGGCGUAGGAGUCGUCACGGUGCUCCAGCUACUAGCAUACUUUACCGAGUCCGAGAACUGGCCCAAACGGACGGUAGUCCUCCUCCUGAACAACGGAGAAGAAGACUUCCUCAACGGCGCCAAAGCCUUCAUGCGCAACUCCAUCUCGCGAGUACCACGUACCUUUGUUAACCUGGAGGGUGCUGGCGCAGGCGGCAGAGCCACGCUCUUUCGAAGCACCGACACUGAGGUGACGCGCUUCUACCGGAAAUCGAGCCAUCCAUUUGGCACUGUUGUCAGCGGCGAUGGAUUCAAAAAAGGCCUCAUCCGCAGCGAGACGGACUACAAGGUCUUCCACGGCGAACUUGGGCUCCGUGGUUUGGACAUUGCUUUCAUGGAACCCCGAGCGCGGUACCACACUGUCGAGGACUCUACGCGAGAGACAUCUAUGAAUUCCCUUUGGCACAUGCUCUCUGCAGCAUUAGCAUCAACUUCUGGUCUAGCCUCUGUCUCCAAUGAUGAAUUUGGUGGCUCUGGCGAUGACUCUAGUCACGGCGACGACGAUGCCGAGACCGGCAGCGGGAGCGAUGCAGUUUGGUUCGACAUCUUUGGCAAAGUCUUCGUCGUGUUCCAGUUGCAUACUUUGUUCGCCUUAUGUGUAACGCUACUGGUCGUGGCACCCCUCACUCUGAUUGGCCUUACCGUCGGUCUCUCAAAAGCCGGCAAGAACUACCUCCUCGCUCGUAGGGCCUAUGUUUGUUCUUCAGAUGACGAUCAUCCAGUACACCUGUAUGGUUGGCGCGGUUUCUUUCGAUUCCCAAUCGUCUUGGUCAUAGCUACGGCGGCCGUGGUUGGCUUAGCGUACCUUAUAGUUCGCGUCAACCCGUUCAUUGUUUACAGCAGUCCGUAUGCUGUGUGGAGUAUGAUGCUUUCUGCGUGGUUUGCCAUUGCAUGGUUUUUCUUGCGUGGAGCUGAUGCCAUGCGACCCUCAGCACUCCAGCGCAUGUACGCUUUGAUCUGGCUGUUCAUUGGAUCUUUCGCCAUUCUCGCCCUGGUGACAGUUCUUGUCAACAACUACCAUCUCGCAGCUGGGUAUCCUGCAUUGUUCUACUUUGCAGCUAUUUUCUUCGCUAUUUUAAUCUCAUAUCUCGAAUUGUUCUUCGCGCCGAGCAAGUCUGCAUAUGCACGCCAUUUCGAUCAGAUCGAAUCCCCUCGGCCCAACUCCGAAUCUGGCAGCCGGCCGCUCACGGGUACUACUAGCGCAGCUCGAUCUGAUGAUCGCCCGGCCCAAGACGAUGACGCAACUGAGACGACCUCACUCCUUCGGGGUGACCGACGAAGUUUCGCAAGAUAUGGCGGCAGGCGAGAAUCUACGAGCGAAGGAGGCGAUGAUCACGAACCAGGGCCUCGGCGACUGGAUCUUGGACAUGAAUAUCCAGGAGAGCAAGAAUGGAGUAGCAAGCUACCCAGCUGGCUUUGGAUCGUCCAGUUCGUACCGGUGGCGACCAUCGCUGUCACCCUGGUCGGACAGAUUUCUCUACUGCUGACAUCGGCACUAUACCAGACCCCAUCGGACGGUAAUUCACCUCUUUUCAUUUAUAUCAGCUUUGCAGUACUUACAGUGCUCCUUCUUGCUCCUACCGCACCGUUCAUCCACCGAUUUACAUACCAUAUCCCGACGUUCUUGUUCCUGGUCUGCGUUGCAACUGUCAUCUACAACCUCGUGGCGUUCCCGUUCAGCAGGGAGCAUCGCUUAAAGGUGUAUUUCGUCCAGCGCGUCAACUGCGAAACCGGCAUAAACACUGUAUCCUUGACUGGCUUGGACGGCUAUAUCCAGCGCAUUGUUGGUGAUUUACCCAGUGCGCAGGGCAGAGGGCUGAAUUGCACGACGCCAGACGUGGUGACGCGCAAAGAGCUGAAGACGUGCGAGUGGGAGGGUAUCCCCGCCAAGGUCAUUCCCAAAGCGUCGCCUUUCAGCAACAAAACCCGGACAGAUAGCUGGCUGAGCUAUUCCAUACAAAAGGGCAACAGCACGAAUAAAGCGACGAUACACGUUGUUGGCCGGAACACGCGAUCCUGUCGCAUUGUUUUUGACACGCCCAUUUCUGAUUUGGCGGUUGCCGGCGCCGUUUCAGAUCCUCGCUUCAGGCCAGUCGGUGAAACGGGAUCCCUUGAAGUGCGACUCUGGCAUCGCGAGUGGUCUCAGCCCUGGGAUGUUGACGUAACGUGGAACGCUAAGGAGCAGCCGAAGCUUUCUGGAAGAAUCGUAUGCCUUUGGUCUGAUGCAAAUGCGGGAGAGAUUCCCGCUCUCGACGAACUCCAACAUUAUCUGCCGGUAUGGGCAAUACCAUCGAAAAUCAGCGAUGGAUUAGUGGAAGGGUUCAAACAUUUCGACAUAUGA